GGUAUAUGGAAUUUCCUAUCUGGGAAUCAUGAUUCUCGUCCGAUGUUUGUAUUUAUAAAAAUUGCUCGAUCUGUAACUUAAUUUUUAUGUUUAUCUAAAAUAAAAUGGUGUCGGAGGGUGAAAUCUGGAAAUUGGAAAAGAAUUUGUGUAGGUGCUGUCACGCGGAAGGAACUUUUGAUAACUUGGCGAACGAAAAAGACAUUUAUUCAGAUAUGCUCCGCUAUUGUUUUGAUAUUGAUGUCACACCAGUGCCAGGAGUACUGUGUGCUCUCACAUACACAAUAUGUCCGCACUGCAUACUAAAAUUACGUGAUGCCAGCGCAUUUAAGAAGCAGGUGCAGCUAUGCGAAGAAAAGUUCCUCGAAUUGUACUAUAAAAAGGCCAUAACAGUUAAAGGACAAGUAACGGAUGUGAAGGAUGAGCCAGAUGUAUAUUAUAACAUGGAUUGUCCAGAUGAACUCUCGCCGGACGAUGUCGAUAUGGAAGCAGAUGAUAAAUAUGAUAUGUACGACUAUGAAGAUGACAUAUAUAAAGAUAAAUCGGACGAAGAUGAUGAGAAGGUGAACAAGAGAUGCACAAACGCGAGCAGAAAGAAGAAGGAGCCGCAGAAGCAGAAGUCGAGGGCGAAGCAGAAGCAGAAGUGCGAGGUGAAGGAGAGGACGGAAGAUGAAAGGAAGGAAGAUUAUCAAGACGGAUUGUGGCCGGAUGAUGAAGAACUUGAUGCUGAUGAUGGAUAUGCAAUAAAUGAUGAUAAAGAUGAUGAAAUAGUAAAAGAAAAGUUGGUCGACGAGGAAGAGAAAACGAAGAAGAGAAGCAGCGGAACGGGCAGGAAGAAGAAGGAGCCGCAGAAGGAGAAGGCGAGAGCGAAGCAGAGGCCGAAGUGCCAGCAGAAGGAGAAAGCGGAGGAGACGGCGGAAGGGAAACAGAAAGAAGGUUGGCGCACUGUGAAAUUCAUACGCAAAGAGCAAGACGGCACGCCGUUGUGGCAAUGCGUCGACUGCGGCCGCGAUUUCAAGAAGCGCGACAACUUCGCGCAGCACUACAAGUUCGUGCACCUGAAGCUGCGGCCGAAGUUGCGCAGCUGCCACCUGUGCAAUGAGAAAGUGCCAACGCAGAACCGGCCCUUCCACAUGGAGGCGGCGCACGGCCUGCCGGCGCCAUCUUGCGGCGCGUGCGGCAAGAAGUUCGCGUUCCCCAACCAAGUGCUGCGCCACCAGAAGGCGUACCACAUGGGCGAGAAACAGUACAAAUGCGCCGUAUGCGAUAUGCAGUUCGCCUCCAACGCGCUGCUGGUGACGCAUUCGAUAAAGCACACGGCGCUGCGGCCGCACCGGUGCGGCUAUUGCGAGAAAACGUUCCGAUGGAAGAAGAAUCUGAAGACGCACGUGCACAUGCACCUGGACGUGAGGAAGCACGUGUGCCGGGUGUGCGACGAAUCGUUCGUGCAGCAGUCGAGUCUGAAGUACCAUAUGACGAAGCGGCAUAUGGAUGCGAUGUAGAUGGUCAAUAAAACAGUGCCUAAAGGGCUGAUUUAUAAGGCUAACUGGACGCUCGUCUCGGCUCCGCCCGGAUAUCAACAUCCCAAGGGAGCAUUUAAUCGGGAUAAAAAGUAUCCUAUCACCCAAUUCAGCUCAUACCCUGUCUGUAUGCCAAAUUUCAUCAAAAUCCCUUCAGUAGUUUCAUCGUGAUUAAUGGACAAACAUGCAAACAAACAAACUUUCACAUUUUUAAUAUUAGUGUGAAGUGUGAUUGUGUCUACGAUACUUUUACAUGAAUAUUUUGACAAAUAAAGGAAACGAGUAGGACAUUAAUAAAAGAAUGCCUGAAAGGGCCGUCUCGAGAGCCGUUAUCAGGCUGAUUAGUAAGAUGUACCUGAUAGCUUAUCUGAAACUUUUUAAUGUAUAGUUUGACAGAAAUUUGGCGCCGGUAUCCCCACUUCUGGAUAUAAUCUGUUUACACUAUCUGUCAGUUAAAGUGUGUGUAUGAAAAAAAACCCAUUAAAUUGAUGUAUUAUAAAUACAGUUAAAUUAAGUGUUAAAUACGCUAUCAGUGACGGUAUCUAUAAGUUAUGACAAAAGCCCUUUUAUUAGUUACGCUUUCACGCCAAAACUAUUGGAGCGAUUUUGAUGAAAUUUAGUACAGUGAUAGGUCAUAAUUCCAAGUAAUAUCUUGUGUGUUAUAGUUUAUGCUGAAAAAAUCUGAAUAACGUUUUGAAUUUAAAGCUAAUCUAAAAUUAUAAAGGGAAAAUAAUGUGUUUAUUUAUGUAAUAUUGGCAAUGUUCUCACACAAAAACUGCUGAACCGAUUCGAAAAAUGUUUCCACCAUUGGAAAGCUGCAUCUUCACUAAAUGAUACUGUAUAAUAUGUACCACGGACGAGGCCGGGGAGGAUGGAAAAGGAUGCUAGUAUAAAAUUAACAAUGAUACUUAUCUCAUAUUUCGCUUCGCCACGCUUCUAUGUCAGUUAUAAAUUGUUUUUGUUAAUUUUUUAUCGUUUUAUUGUUGAAUCUUGUUUGU